AUGUCAACAUCCGCCGAUACACGCCCCAUCGCUCCCGAGCGCUUCGCCGCCGCCCUCAAGGACCUCUCAGUCGGGAUGCUCCACCUCAAGGUCCUUGAGAUUCGCAACUCGAUCGCACACCUAGAAUACUCCAACGACCAGCUCAAGCCCUUUGCCGAGGGCACCGCUACUGCGCUCUCCGACUCGUCGGCCCCUGCCGCCGCCCAAGAGCCCGACCAGGACUGCAUAGACGCUAUCAAGGAGAACGAGGUGGUCAUCGACCGUAUGGCAGAGCGCAUCGCCCUCAUCCGUGCAGAGGUCGAGGACCGCGGGAUCAGCUGGACAGAGUUCCAGAGCCGUGAUGAGGUAGCUUCACGAGGGGAGGGCGACGGCGAAAAAGCCAGCGUCGAGGUCAACGGAGAUACACAGCCCAGCGAGACUGCCGCCGCAACCUCAGCACCCGCCGAGAGCCGUCAUGAGGCGUGGAGCGACGGCACCUUCCAGACGGGCACGAUUCGGAACGGCGAGAUUCAUAUGGACCGUGACGCAGGCCGGCCUGAGGGUGGCAGCCUGAGUGAUGAGCAGCUACAAAGAGCACUGGAGGAACGAAUGAGGAACCUAGAGACGGAUGACGACGAGGGAGGCAUGCACCUAUGA